AUGAGUAACAUUGAAAGCGCCUCGUGUUUCAUUCCGGAUUUCAAGCCCGAUGAAGACAAUACGUUGUUACGAAAUUUCUCAGGAAUGAAUUUACCUGAGAAAAUUUUAUUCGUAAUCGAUACGGCAAGAGAGAGGAAUUGUACACCAUUCAAAUUGUCUACAGGAGCUAGCUAUAUGCCUUUGUUCAUGAUAAAACGAACUAUAGAAAAUUUUAUUUACAUUAAAUCUGUCAUCCAGCAUAGCCAUGAAUAUGGAUUAAUGAUCUUGAAUUCUCACAGCUUUCAAUGGAUAUGCGAUUUUACCAAUAACACCAACAGUGUUGUUAAUCAUUUGAAUUUUAUUAAUGAUGAUUUCCUAGAGGAAGAUAAAAAAACAUACGACCUUGGACAAAUGUUCGAUGAGAUAGAACAAAAAUUACCUCUGCCAAAUAAGAAAUCUGACACAGCUGUUCCAACAUUCGUUGUCAGAAUAAUUUUAGUGUAUUCACGUUCCAAUAGCAUCCCAAAAUUUCAUCUUGACAAAAAGCCUUUAGAUACUCUUACAAAAAAUCCAUAUUUUUUCAUAGAUGUAUUAUAUGUACACGAACCACCCUGUUCUGAAAAUUUAUGUGAAGAAAUUUAUUCUGAAAUAGCAACAUUGGAUACAACAAAUUUUUCAUACAUAUUAGAAGUAGGAAGGAACGCAGCAAAAUUGCACGAUAGUAUGGCUAAACUAUUGGCACAUCCACUACAGAGACCACCUCAAAAAGACGUGUGUUAUACAAUUUGUCCACCUUCUCAAUGUUCUCAAGACACGUGUAAUAAUACUACAGCUAUAAAAGAGCAAUGAGAAAAAGAAAGAAACAAAUACGCGAAAUAACUGAGGUACUAGCUGAGGAUGACAUUUGUAAUGUUCUUAAAACUUGCGUAAUUUUAUCUUCCGUUGCGUUUGGAAUUUCCGUAGUGUUUAGUAACAUAUUGGCGGUACUUGGUUUGAAUGGUAUAUCUUUAGGUUGCCAAUUACCGCAAGAAGGAAAAUUAUUUGGUACUGGUAACAUAUCUUUGUGCUCGCCAACUUUAAAAAUUAACGACAUUCCAACUUCCGCAUGGAAUUCAAUGUGA